AUGGAUAAUAUCGCUGUCGUAGUACAACAUGGUGGUGAAUGGAAUGAAAAUCGAAACUACAUCAACUUUAAGGUUUGCGGAUUGCUCAUUCCAAUCAACUGCACUUAUAAUAAUUUGCUAGGACUUAUUCUCAAUGAGCUGAUGUUGUCUCCAGAAUCAUCCACAACAAAAAUUGAGUAUCAAGUUAGAGAUAGUUAUCCUCCAUUUGAUAUUGCUAAUGAUUGUCAACUUAUGUUUUAUAUUGAGUUGAAGAAAAAAGAGCUAGAUUUUACAAGAUAUCCUCUGUGUUUGACAAUCAGAGAGUGUAAUGCCCAAGACACUAUUACGUCAACCAGGAGUGGAACAAGUGAUUAUAUGUGCAUUGAAGCCGUGCAACCUGAAGAUGCAACAUCAAGUACACUUGCUGAAAUGGAUGGCGAAAUGGUUGCAAAUUAUAUUGACUAUGCAGAACUCAUAUCUGGUCAACUUGUGGAUAUCUCAAAUGAGUUUGAAAAUAAUGGAGAUGCAACUCAUAUUGAGAAGAAGUUUGUCAUUAGCAACAAGCAACAUGAACAGAUUGAAUUGGAUCAAAUAUACAAAGACAGAGAAACAUUGAAGGUAGUUAUGAGUCAUUAUGCCAUUCGCAACAAUUUUCAGUUUUAUGUUAAAAAGUCUUGCCAGAAAGAGUAUUUGGUUGCUUGCAUCGACAAAAACUGUAGCUGGAUGAUGCGAGCAUCACGAAAUGGAGAAACAAGUCAGUUCAUAGUACGGAAGUUGGUUGACACUCACACUUGUGAUCUGGAGUUGAGAUUUAAGGAUCAAAGGCAAGCCACUGCAACUGUAAUUGCAGACAUCAUAAAAAACAAAUACACCAAUAUCAAAACAAAAUACACAGUUGCGGAUAUAAUAAGAGACAUGAAGCAUGAUUAUAAAGUGCAAGUGAAUUACAGCAAAGCUUGGAGAUCCAAGGAAAAAGCGCAAGAAAUUGUUAGAGGCAAUGCAACCGAAUCUUAUGCGCAACUGGUGUCUUAUUUGUAUAUGCUGCAUCAAAAAAAUCCUGGAUCAAUUGUUAAUUUUCAAGUGGGAAACAAUGGGUGUUUCUUAUACGUCUUUGUUGCAUUGAAUGCUUCAAUGAAAGGAUGGCCUCAUUGCAUACCGGUUGUCAUUGUUGAUGGUACCUUUCUAAAAUCAGCUCAUGGAGGUACAUUAUUGGUGGCAGCAACUCAGGACGCAGGGGGUAAGAUCUUUCCAUUGGCAUUCGCUGUAGUCAAUUCAGAAAAUGAUGGUUCUUGGGACUGGUUUUUUGACAAGUUUAGACAUGCUUAUGGAUUGAGGGGAGACAUGACUAUAAUAUCCGAUCGUCAUGAGAGCAUAAUAAAAGCUGUCAGCAAAGUGUAUCCGGAGAUACCACAUGGAUUUUGCAUCUUUCAUCUCCUGAGCAACAUUAAAAGCAAGUUCAAGAAGAACUCAAAAAAGAUUAAAGAGUGUUUCUUCUCAGCGGCAAAUGCAUACACUGUUAAAAAGUUUGAGUAUCACAUGAGAGAACUUGAUAAGGUUGACAACAGAAUAAGACCAUUUUUGGAAGAAGUUGGGUAUGACAAAUGGGCAAGAGUUCAUUCACCAAAUAACAGGUACUCAAACUUAACAUCCAACGUUGCUGAAUCUUUAAAUUCUGUAAUCAUAGCAAUUCGAGAACUCCCAAUUUGUACUAUGCUAGAGAGUUUUCGUGCUUUGAUCCAAAAAUGGAGUUGGAGCAAUAGAAAUAUAGCAAAUGCAACCUUGACAAGACUGACCACUAAGUUCGAAGUUAUGUUGAAAGAUAAUUACCUAUACUCCAUUAAUUUGACGGUGCAUCCGACAAAGGAUGUUUUGUUUGAAGUUCACAAUGGUGAUAGAAAAGCUAUAGUUGAUAUUGGCUUGAGAACCUGCACAUGCAAUAGAUUUCAGCUGGACCAACUUCCUUGUGGUCAUGCAAUUGCUGUUUUACAAAAGGCUAAUCAUGAUCCAUAUGAUUAUUGUUCACCAUAUUUCACAAAGGAAGCAAUGAUUCAUGCAUAUGAAGAGACGGUGUUCCCUGUUGGUCACGAAGACACGUGGGAAGUACCCGAAAGUUUCAAAUCAAUGGCACUAUAUCCUCCACAAGGACGAGUAAGAGUGGGCAGACCAAAGAAAAGAAGAUGUAAAGCUUCUUGGGAGAUAAAUGCAAAACAGCGUGAACAAGUCAAGUGCGGGAGUUGCAAUGAGUAUGGACAUAAUAGGAGAACUUGUCGAAAUCCCCCACUUAGAAUUGCUUGA